GCGGGUAGAGAGACGUUGACUCAGACUGGGAGAGAGAGAGCAAGACUCCCGGUCCGGCAGGCAGGCUUCAUGGUCAGUAUGUAGCAGAGGAGCAGGAUUGGGAUUAAAAACAGAGGGGAAAACCACUCCUGGGCAUAAAUAAAAACAGCAGCUGGAUUAUAUUUACUCGGUGAGGAUGAGACACACGCGGUCCGCCUGAAGGACACUGAAACACGUUAAUCUGCACGCUUUUACAUCGUUUUUACGGAAAAUGGCGAACGACUCCCCGGCCAAGAGUCUGGUGGACAUAGACCUGGCCUCCCUGAGGGACCCUGCUGGGAUCUUUGAACUGGUGGAAGUAGUCGGGAAUGGCACAUAUGGACAAGUCUACAAGGGUCGACAUGUCAAGACUGGACAACUGGCAGCCAUCAAAGUCAUGGACGUCACCGAGGAUGAAGAGGAGGAAAUUAAGCUGGAAAUCAACAUGCUGAAGAAGUAUUCCCACCACAGAAACAUCGCCACAUACUACGGCGCCUUCAUCAAGAAAAGUCCACCGGGUCAUGAUGACCAGCUCUGGCUGGUGAUGGAGUUCUGCGGUGCCGGCUCCAUCACAGAUCUGGUGAAAAACACCAAAGGCAACUCGCUGAAGGAGGACUGGAUUGCUUACAUCUCCAGAGAGAUCCUCAGGUGGAUUUUGGUGUGAGCGCUCAGCUGGACCGGACUGUUGGUCGGAGAAACACUUUCAUUGGGACGCCRUAUUGGAUGGCUCCGGAGGUUAUAGCCUGUGAUGAAAACCCUGAUGCUACAUAUGACUACAGGAGUGACCUGUGGUCCUGUGGGAUCACAGCCAUUGAGAUGGCUGAAGGAGCUCCCCCCCUGUGUGACAUGCAUCCAAUGAGAGCCCUCUUCCUUAUUCCCAGAAACCCUCCACCACGACUCAAGUCCAAAAAAUGGUCCAAAAAGUUCUUCAGUUUCAUUGAGGGCUGCCUGGUGAAGAACUACACCCAGCGUCCUCCUACAGACCAGCUCCUGAAACACCCCUUCAUCCGAGACCAGCCCAAYGAGAGGCAGGUCCGCAUCCAGCUCAAAGACCACAUCGACAGAACCAAGAAGAAGAGGGGGGAGAAAGAUGAGACAGAGUAUGAGUACAGUGGCAGUGAGGAAGAGGAGGAAGAGUCUUCUGAACAGGAAGGAGAACCAAGCUCCAUAGUCAACGUGCCGGGUGAGUCCACCCUGCGCCGUGACUUCAUCCGGCUGCAGCAGGAGAACAAGGAGCGCUCGGAGGCCCUGCGCCGCCAGCAGCUCCUGCAGGAGCAGCAGCUCCGCGAGCAGGAGGAGUACAAGAGGCAGCUGCUGGCCGAGAGGCAGAAACGAAUCGAGCAGCAGAAGGAGCAGCGGAGGAGGCUGGAGGAGCAACAACGGCGCGAGCGUGAGGUGAGGAGGCAGCAGGAGCGCGAGCAGCGCCGCCGCGAGCAGGAGGAGAAGAGACGCGUGGAGGAGAUGGAGCGACGGCGCAAAGAGGAGGAGGAGCGCAGGCGAGCAGAGGAAGAGAAGAGGAGGGCCGACCGGGAGCAGGAGUAUAUUCGCCGUCAGUUGGAGGAGGAGCAGAGGCACCUGGAGAUCCUCCAACAGCAGCUGCUGCAUGAACAGGCCAUGCUGCUGUCCAGGUCUCCAGUGUUGUCAAGGCGAGACUCGCCUCAUCACCACAGCAACACCCCUCCCACCAGGGAUGUGGUCCAUCGAAACGCUGCCAGCUCAGCAGAGCCUCGGCUCCUGUGGGAACGAGUGGAAAAACUGGUUCCCAGAACAGCUGGUAAUAGUGGCAGCGGAGGCUCCAGUUCCUCCAGCAGCUCCAGUAACUCCAGCUCUCAGCCCAGUUCUCACUGUGGCUCUGGAGAGAGGUUCAGGGCCCGCUCUUCCUCCAAAUCAGAGGGUUCACCCCUCCAACGACCAGAGCAUGCUGGGAAAAAACCUGAAGAGAGGAAGGACUUGGUCAGGCCCAGCAGACCAGCGGACCUGACCGCCCUGGCCAAGGAACUGCGYGCAGUAGAUGAUGUUCGUCCUCAGAACAAGGUGACAGAUUACUCUUCCUCCAGUGAAGACUCUGACACCACAGAUGAGGAUGAUGAUGAAGAAGUGGACCAGGAGGCAGGUGAAGAGUCGACUUCUGGCCCAGARGACUCCAAAGCUGUUUCUUCCAAGCUGAGUAACGGAGAGACAGAGUCGAUGAAAACCAUGAUUGUACAUGACGAGGGCGAGAACAACGCAGGGACGACACCGUGCAAAGACAGCACUCUGGUUGUCAGACAGAGCGCAGGUGACAGCAGAAAGCGURCGGCCCCCGCUUUGGGCCAAACGCAGACCCUAGGCCUGAUAACAGACUUUGCCUCGAGCCCUGGCUCUGUGCCGCGGCAGGGCCUGGGCCAUCACACCCCCAGCCCCCACCACCACCAUCGACAUCACCACCACCAUCACCCCACACAGCAGUCGGACCGGAACGGCUUUGCUGGCCGCAUCCACCACCUCCCAGAUCUGAUCCAGCAAAGCCACCAUUCCUCCCCUUCAUCUUCUUCCUCUGCAUCCAGCUCCCCUUCCUCCUCCAGCUUUGCCAGCCCUUCCGCUAUGUCCCCUCAGAGUCCCCUGGAAAAGCUGGGCCUCCUCAUAGAGAGUCAGUCCAGUAACAACAUGCAGAAACACAAGUCUUCUUCCUCCUUCACUCCGUUCAUCGACCCACGCCUCCUCCAAGUCUCUCCAUCCACCGGCAGCGCCCUCAAUAAUGUUGGCUACGCCAACGAUGCUCGAUUAGCUGAGGCGCUGCGAGCGGACCCGUCCCGGAAAGGCUCCGUGGUCAACGUUAACCCCGUCAACACUCGGCCUCAGAGUGACACACCGGAAAUCCGCAAGUACAAGAAGAGGUUCAACUCUGAGAUCCUGUGUGCGGCACUGUGGGGAGUGAACCUGUUGGUGGGAACAGAGAGCGGCCUGAUGCUGCUGGAYCGCAGCGGUCAGGGAAAAGUUUACCCUCUGAUCAACCGACGGCGCUUCCAGCAGAUGGACGUCCUAGAAGGACUCAAUGUCCUCGUUACUAUAUCAGGUAAAAAGAACAAGCUGCGAGUAUCGAGCUGCUGGUGUGCUACGAGGACGAGGGCGUUUAUGUCAACACGUACGGGCGAAUCACCAAGGAUGUGGUGCUGCAGUGGGGCGAGAUGCCCACCUCAGUGGCCUACAUCCGCUCCAAUCAGAUCAUGGGAUGGGGGGAGAAGGCCAUAGAGAUCCGCUCGGUGGAGACGGGCCACCUGGACGGAGUCUUCAUGCACAAGAGAGCCCAGAGGCUGAAGUUCCUCUGUGAGAGAAACGACAAG